AUGUAUCAGCUGAAUUUGCUCCAAACCACAUUGAAAAUGACAGCCAUCCAGAUCCCAUCAACAACCAAGUGGCAAAAGAGCAAAGGGUCUCUGCCCUGCAAUGCUAAACUUGUUCUAAAAGAGGACAGGCCAAGAAGAAGGGUGACCCCAUCUGUUUACACCCAGGAGUUGUUACAGUCUACAGAGGAGCGCUUGGCUAACACCAAUGAGAUGCACCCGCCCCGCAUACUGGAACUGCUAGACAUGAGCAAGACCACACAUCACAAAUUGUCUUUGGUGGAUGUGGAUCAGGCGCUUUUCCAGCCCUUCCCAUCUGAGCUGGUCUUCCAGAACUUCAGUCCUGCACAGACCUACAAGUUACCUCUACUUCUGUUCAACAAGGACAAGGUUUCACGGCAAAUGAAGCUGGAGCUGCAGGACUCAGAGUAUUUCACUGUGGUAGGUGAGGAUGCAGGGAACAAAGUUGCACCGGGUCUGUCUGCCAGUUUCAGUGUCUUCUUCACCCCACAGGAGAACAAGGACUACCACCACAGACUGGUUUGUGUGACAGAAAGGGAGCGUUUUGAGAUCCCAAUUCGUGCCAUUGGGCCACGGGCCAUCCUUGACUUUCGCGAUGAGCUCUACUUACCUCCCUGUCCUGUGAAAGCUUCCACACAGAGGACUCAGCUAGUCCGCAACAUAGGGAACGGAAAAGCCAUGUUCAGCCUUCACACACAGAGGCCUUUCUCAGUGACGCCCUCUUCUGGGACUCUUGAUGUAGGCGAAAGCAUGCAGGUGACUGUGGAUUUCAACCCCAUGACCACAGGAGACCACAGGCAGGACUUGCUGCUGCACUACCACACAGGUGAGGAUUUAUACAUCAGCCUGUAUGGGGCUUGUGAAGAGCUGAGCAUCCAUGUUGAGCCUGACUCUAUCCUGUUGAAGAAGACUUACAUCUCCCUGGCCAACGUGCACACGGUGUCCCUCGCCAACAGCAGUGAUAUCCCCCUACAGUACAAAUGGAAGACAUGGGCCAACCAGCAAGAGGAGGAGGGCCUGUGCUUAUUGGGGGAUAGCUUAUUGCUCCAGCAGAAAGAGGAGGAGGAGGAGGAGGAGAAGGAGCAGUUGGUUUUUCAGAGCGAGUCUGACCCCACAGCGAACCAUCGCCACCCACUGCUGUCGAGAGCCCUCCAGGGACGCAGAAGCCAGGCCGCAAAGGACCACCUGCUUGCCCUCUCAGACAACUGCAUAACUGUGGAACCAGCGGAAGGUGAAAUAUGGCCCAACACCACGGCUCACUUCAACAUUGUCUUCAAGCCAGAGGAGGCCAAACUAUACCAGCAAACCAUAUACUGUGAUGUCACAGGCCGUGAAUCUCGCUUACCUCUUACAAUCGAGGGUGAAGGCUUGGGACCUAUACUCCAGCUCAACUAUAACCUCAUGGACAUGAAAAAUGUAUUUAUUGGUGACAAAGACUGUUAUGAGGUUCUGGUGUCCAACCGAGGUCUCAUUGAUGCCCCGUUCAGGCUGUCAAGCCCCAACACCACUUUCGGCCGCUGUUUCUCCUUCAGUCCUGAGGAAGGUGUUGUUCCCUCCGGGGCCUGCCAGAUUGUGGAAGUCACCUUCCACAGUUGCAUCUUGGGAACUUUCUCUGAGGACUUGCUGCUAACUGUCACAGGACAGCCUCAGCCACUUACCUUGACAUUCAGGGGUUGCGUUAUUGGUCCCACUUUCCACUUCGAUGUUUCAGAGCUCAAUUUUGGAGAUGUCGCCUUCGGUUUCCCACAAACAUCGAUUUGUACCCUCUUCAACACAUCCAUGGUCCCUAUGACCUUUGCCCUACGUGUCCUGGGAGACGGGAUGGGAUCUCCCAGUGUGACCAGCGCCAAACAGUUGUCUGAGAUGUUCAGAAACGAUUGGCAAGGCAGUGCUGCUAGAGACCUCCAUGCAAGGCCUGUGGAAUUCACAGUCAGUCCUGCUGCGGGCUCUGUGCGGGCCAUGUCAGACAUCACCAUUAAGGUGACGCUGUGCUCCAACACAGUCAGAAGAUACAGACUGGCACUGGUGGUGGAUGUUGAGGGUGUAGGGGAGGAGAUCAUGACGCUGCCUAUCAAUGCAAGGUGUGAUGUACCUGACAUUGUCGUGCAGACUCCAGUGUUGGACUUUGAAAGGUGCUACCUCGAUCACCCUUAUGUACAGCAGGUGCAGCUGACCAACAACUGCGAUCUGCCUGCCUGCUACGGCGUGCUGGACCAGGAAUAUGAGGAGAGUCCUUCACUGAUUUUUGGCAGUUCUGUACCCAGAGGAUUGAUUCCACCUCACAGUUCAGAAGAGAUUCCUGUGUUUCUGCUGGCUAAGGCCGUCGGAAGGCUUCAUCACACUCUACGCAUUGCUGUGUUUGGCAGCGUCCAACCACCUCUGGAAGUCUUCUUGUCCUUUAUCGGGCAGGGUCCAAUAGUUCACGUUAAGAGCCGACAGCUGGAUUUCGGAAGAAUCCCGGUUCUGACGGACAGUACUAGAGUCCUGCAUCUGUCAAACCAGUCUCCUAUUCCAGCCCGCUUUAUAGCUCGCAUGAGCCAUGGAAGAUCCCCCUGGCGUGUUGUGCCAAGUGAGGGUGAAGUGCCACCAAAAGGCCAGCUGGAGCUCAGGGUGGCGGCACACUUAAAGGACACACUCUUCUUCCAGGACAAGCUGGAAGUGUCCAUUCAGAACAGUCACACACACACUGUCGCUCUGUCUGCGACUGGUACUGGCACCACGAUUGUCAGCGACAGGCCUUUUGCCCCCAGUCUCGAUCUGGGCACCCACUUCAGCCAUGGGUCAUGCCAGUACCACUUCAAGCUGACUAACCACGGCCAGCGGAUACACCGGAUGUACUGGAAGACUGAUGGUUUCUCGCCCUCCUCUAAAACCCGCAAGGGGGAGCUCUCAUCUAGUCGAACUUUCCUGCCCUCCAUCUCUGGUCCGAGGAAGAAGGACAUUCCCGGCCGCGGAUCCCUGACUUCUUCUCCCACAGACAAGCCGGUGUUCAGCGUCAGCCCUUCUCGCGUGGAGCUUUUCCCGGGCUGCUCCGUUGACAUGGUGCUGACAGGAUCUUCAGACUCCCCAAAAGUUGUACGGGAGCAUCUGGUGUGCCAUGGCAUUGUGGGUCACCAGAGCAGUUACGAGCGCAUCAUGUCUGUAGAUGUAACCUGUCGCUUUGUGGCUCCUCUGCUCAGCUUUUCAUCCAAGCGGCUGAACUUCCACAUAGAGAAAGUCCCAGGAAAGAGUCUUAUUCCCCUAUAUGAGAAGCUAGUCUUAAAGAAUGUGUCACCUUUGACUCUAUCCAUGGAGCUCUCUCUUGUGGAGCCUUUCUCUCUGUGUGAGGCCCGAGGAGACCAUAGCUCAGAUACCACUAAGUCCAUGGUUUUAGGUAACGGGAUGCAGGCUGAGUUGUGGUUAUGCUUUAAUCCAGCUUAUUGUGAGGAUCGGGUGUCACGAGUCGUUGAUGAGUACCUUGACGUGCACUACCAGGGACACCCACAGCAAGACGCGGUGGAGCUGCACGCCGAGGUCCACUUCCCCAACCUCCACUUCUCCUCCACCACAGUGGAUUUUGGCUGUGUGCUCAACUGCACAGAGACUCGCAGAGAACUCACAAUCACCAACUGCUCCCCGCUGCCUGUGUUUUACCGCUGGGCUUUUCUGGUGGAUCACAGAGAGACAGAGGUGAAGAAACUGUUGCCGGAGGAAGAGGUAGAACAGGAAAAUCCAAUAAACGAGACUGAAGAGAGAUGGGGUUCCUCUAGAACGCCUUCUCCUGCCUUUUCAGCCUCUCUCAGCCUCAGGCCUGGUGCACGGCAACAGAACGACACGCAUGGCUCUGUGUGUGUGGAAGAGCUGUUUGAUGUCCUGCCCAUUUAUGGUCAGCUGCAACCUGGGGACCAGCAGCUGGUAACGUUCUACUUCUACGGCCACGACUACGUCAGCAGAGAGGUGGUUGCACAGUGCCAGGUGGAGGAGGGCCCCACGUAUGAAAUCAAAGUCCGAGGAGAAGCAUCAGAAGUCAACUACAGUCUUGACUCUACCAUUGUCGAUUUUGGUCCGCAGCUGUUUGAUCAUGUAGGGGAAGCUAAGGUAAUCCUCAGGAAUACCGGGAAGGUGCGCUUCAAAUUUAGCAUCCAGCGGAUUCAAAAGGAGGAGGAAGAGGAGGAGGCAGAUGAAGAAGCGGGGGGACAGAAGAAGGAUGAGCAGCUGGAAGAAGACACUGAACAAAAUGAAGAAGGUCAGGGGGUCAGACCUGGCCAGCCCAUGGUCUUCCCCAGUGUGGGUUACGUCGAUGCCAACGCGGAGCAAUGCUUGCGUGUGCUCUACCUCCCGGGCGUCCCCGAGGUGUUUGAGAAGCGGCUUCAGCUGGAAGUGGCUCACCUACCACCGCAGGACAUCACGCUGACUGGGCAGGGAGUGUUCCCGAGGAUCAGCUUGAAUUUGCCUCAAAACUUGUCGGGCGAGUGCUACAGUGAUGUGGUGCAGCAGGCCAGAACAGCUGUGGAGGCAAAUGGAGUCAGAGAGGAGGUUAUAAAUGGAAUCACCACCGGUGGAGGAGCAACGACAGAGGCCACCUGCACAACCACUGUGAGUAGUUUACUUACUUAUGAAGAGCUGCUUCACAUGGAGAUUGAGAGAACGCUGGUCAGAAAAAACGCUCUCUCUGUGAUCGGUAGCCUGCUGGAGCUCAGAGACUCGCAAGAUUUCUCAAGAAAGUGGCACAAACUUAGCAAGUUCCAGCUCCCAGAGUAUGUUUUGGAUUUUGGUUAUAUCAUUCCCGGCAAAGUCCUUAGUCACGCUGUAAAUGUCACCAACACUGGCUCAGUGGCCGUGUCCUUCCGUGCUAAUCGCAAACCUCUCUCUGGCACAGGUUUCAGUGCAGAGUUUGAAAGAGUGAAGAACCUCCCCUGUGGUGAGACACAGACUUUCACAGUCAAGUUUGAUUCAAAAGGAGCCAACCUGCAGAUGGGGGGCAUAAGUGUUGUCAUGCCAAUACAGGUCACAGGUGGUCCAUUGGUGCAGGUGAGGCUGACUGCAGUGGUGACUGUGCCGAAAGUGACUGUUUCCACGGAUACACUGCAGUUUGACCCCAUGCAGUGUGGCAUGUGUCAGAUGAAGACAAUACAGCUGUUUAAUCAUGAGCCUGUGCCCUGCAACUGGACCAUAAUUGAGGAGGUGAAGCCUUACAGAAAGGUUGACAAGUUCCUGCCUCUCCACGAACGUAAAAAGGUGUUGCAGCAGCAGCGACCUCCUCCAGUGGUAUUUGAAAUGGCUCCUUGCUCUGGCACGCUUUCCCACGGAGAAAAAGUCAAUGUCCAGGUCAAGUUCAGCCCUGCUGAGGGGUGUGCAGUGUACAAAAGGCAGCUCAUAGUCUGUGUGGCUGAGGGAACCCAGCAGAUGUUCAUUACAGCUCAGGGGCUGGGUGAGGAACCACAACUCGAGUUCUGCCCAUUGCUGUUGGAGCUGGGGCCUUGCCUGCCUUUCAGCAUGGAGGUGGAAGCCACGGUCACAGUCAAAAACCCUGGUUCUUUCCCCGUUGAAUUCUACUCCCUGGAGUUUGACACACAGUAUAUCGAGGAAGAAAAGAUCCUGCGUCUGAUGCAUGGUUAUGAUGAGAACAACGUGCUGCUGCUGCCCCCCAGGACCCUCGGAGAAAGUCUUCCCACAGAGCUGCUCAACUACUACAAGGAACACUGCUCCCAGCUGAAAGAUGAUGAGCUGAAAGAAGACUUUGAUGAGAAAGAAGCUUGGAAAGAUGAAAAACAGAAGGAAGAAAAGAGACGAAACGAUUCCCCCUCACCAGACAGCAAGGAGGGAAAAAAACACACAACUGUGGACAGAGCUGAACUGCUUCUCUCAGAGAUGGCCAAAGUUGGAAGCAAUGGGAGACUGGGACACCUAGAGAUGACCCCUGUCUCCAGAGCAAUUGCCCGCCACAUGGGUGUUGAUCUGUCACCUGAAGGUCUGGCUGCACGCAACCGCAGAGGCAUCGCUAUUAUUGUAUAUGGAGCCCCACUGACAGGUAAGAGCAGCACAGCAGCUGCUCUGGGACGUCACUACGGAGGGGCGUGCCUGAGUGUUGAUGCUGUGGUAACAGAUGUGCUGAUAAAUGAAGCCACAGCAGCAGAACCUGUAGCACCUCUUGAAACUACAAAUCCAGCUGCAAAUCCAGCUCCUGUGGAGGUUCUUGCGAAACCCAACGAGGACAGCUGUGCUAGAAAUAACUCCAAGGAACUUCAGGAGACUGAAAGCACAGAUGUUCCUGGAGUGGAUGAGACCACACUCAGCAAUCUCUUGCCUGAGCAGCUACUGGUUGAUAUCCUGGCAGAGAGAUUUCAGUUAAGUGACUGUUACCGCGGCGUAGUGAUCGAUGGCCUGGAGUCGGUGUACACUCAAUCAGUGGCAGGCACAAUGCAAGUUGUCCUCAAGGCCUUUAAUAACCGUAAACAUAUCUAUGUAGUCAACUUGUCGGACUCCUACAACGCCCUGAAGGCACGGGAGAGAGCUCAAAGAGAAGCUGACGAAGCCCUGCAGAAAGAGAAAGCUGACAAAGAGAAGCAGUGGCUGCAGGAGCUGGAUGAGGACGAGUAUGAUGCUCUACCAGAGGAGGAGAAGGAACGUAUUGCUCGGCGACACAGAGAGCAGAAACUCAGGUACUGGUUGGAGGAUGGGGAGCUUGAGCGAAUAAUGAAAAAGCAGGAGGAACAGAGGCAACAGGAGGAGAUGCAGAGACUAAAAGAAGAGGAGCUGAAGAAGAAGAGUAAAAAGGAAAAGGGCAAGAAGGAUACUAAAGAAGGGUCACGGAAAAAGAGCUUGCUGGAGGGAAAGCAGAGUUCAGAAAGUUUGGAGAAGCAGGGACUGAAAGAAGAAGAAGGAGAGCCAAAGAAAAGCAAAAAGGGUGUAGAGAGAGAUUCUAAAGAAGUAACAGGAAAGAAAGGCCUGCAAGGGGAAAAGCAGUCUCUUCAGUCAACAGCUGCAUUGGAUGGUCCCCGGGUGUCUCCUAGUAACAACUCUAAAGAAUCACUAAUGGACACAAGGGAGCAACGUAAUUUAAACGAAGGUGUCAACAAAUCACAGCUCAGCAAAGAGACUGAUCAUUCACCUAAGAAGAUAGAAGAAACCAAUGGAAACCAGCAGACAGAGUCUCCCCAACAAGCCGACAAGUUGGAGAGUGAAACGUCUGGUGUGGAUGAGCUGCAGUGUCACUUCAGUGCGUAUGAGCAGAGCCAGGCCCAAGUAGAGCACAUUCUACAGCACUGGGACCGGGCCCAGGGAUUUUUAAUGGUCCCACUCCCAGGUGAGGACAUUCCACCGGGGACAGAGGAUGUCCCAACAGAGAAACACACCCCUGUUGGCAAGAGGGCCAAAAAAGCCAGUGGCAGGAUCCUGUCUCCAAUGCCCAGCCAGAUGUCAAUACCAGCGGAAGCAGAAAAGCUGUCUCCGCCGGACAUCACCCCUCACAUUGUCCUGAACGUAACAGGCAAAGAAUAUCCGAGUGCCACUGAGUUACUCAAGGGCAACACCCUUCCCCCCUUGGAGGAGGUGUUGGAUGAUUUAGGGUUGGGACCUAAUGGCCCACCUAUCCCUCCUCCCAUCACCUUCUCUAUGGUUCCUUUCCCCAAAAACAGGGUGCAAUCUAACAGUCAACAGACUUGUGAAUGUUUCGCAUUCCUGGGUUGCUCUGGGUUGGAUGAACAGGGUGAUGAGAAGAAAGAUUCAGAGGAAGAUGUACAAGCAUCAUUGGUAAAGGAAGAGUCUGUUGCAACUUCUAAAAGUCGUAUGAAGGGCAGUACCAAGGAAGCAGCGAAGGACAAAGAUAAAAAGGGCAGAGAGAGUCAGAAGGGCAAGAGACGAACGUCAGCCAAGACAAAAAUAAAGGGUUCGGACCGGUCUCGCUCUCCUCCUUUACAUGUCUCCUCCAUGUCUGACGGCACUGAACAAGACCAACACCAAGCAAACUUAGAGCUGAAACGCAACCAGAGCCUGACAACAUUUCGCUGGGUUGUUCCAGCCAAUGGCGAAGUGGUUUUGAAAAUGUGGUUCUACUCAGACUCCCCAGGGAAGUUUGAACAGAUCUUCAACUUUGAGCUAGUAGGGACCCAGAGACGCUACCAGCUCCCCUGUAGAGGAAUGUGUACAUAUCCCUCCAUCUGCAAAGACUACAAAACUCUUUUUGGCUUCAGUAGAAAGGUGCUGCAAAUUGAAGAAGGGCUCCAGAAGGCUUAUGUGGUCAAGCCUGGAUUCUUUGAGUUCGGACCAUUACUCUGUAGCAAGAGCAGAGACAGAUACAAGGAAAAUAAGUACCCAGAGAACACAGAGAGACUGGUGAUCAAAAACAAUUCAGGUCUGGAGGCUGAGGUGCAGUUCCGUUUCCAGCACGAUACGCAGGCCGCCACAUAUCUACUGGACCCCCCAACCAUGACUCUCAAACCUGACCAGAGACAGGAGUUGACAGUGUGGGCCUACCCAACAAAAGUAGGAGAAAUCAAGGACAGCAUUGUGUGCUGUAUCAAGGACAAUCCAGAGCUUGUCAUCAUCAACCUCUCCUGCUGGGGAGUUCGGCCGGAGCUGGAGCUGGAAAGCAAGCAUUUGUUUUUUGACAGGAUUUUGCUGCACAGACGGGACUGCCGUAGUGUGACACUCCACAACAAGACAGCUCUGCCGGUAUCCUGGAGACUGCAAGGUGUGGAGGAGUUGAGUGAUGAGUUCAGUGUGCCUCAGGAUGAGGGCAUCAUCACACCCAACUCCUCUUUCCCCCUGAGUUUGCACUUCAGGGCCAGGAGGCCGCUCCACAUUAAGAAGAUUUUACGCCUGGAGGUUUCCGAUGUAGAAAAGAUUCUUGGCAUCGUGCACACAGAAAACAUACAGGUCACCGCAGAAGCCUAUGAUAUAGCUCUGGACAUCACGCCUGUGGCAGAUGGCUGUCUGGACUUCGGAACCAUUAAAGUCUUUGAGGAAGCAAAGCUGACCCUCAGGAUGAAAAACCAAGGAAAAUAUGAAAUAGCUUACAGGUUUACACUUGAGCGGACGGAAGCAAGCCAGCCAAACCUUGACUCCAUUUUCACUGUGUGCCCCCAAAGUGGUGUUCUGAUGCCCCACAAAAAACCCACAACAGUGCAGAUCGUUUGCAAACCCAUGACGGAACUCUCAAUUAUAGAGCAACCUGUUCUGCCUUGCCAGGUGAUUGAACCCAGCAUUGGGCAUGGAGGAGAAACUAUAGCCAUUUUAGCCAUCAAGGUUUCAGUCCACUCCGUCUUCUCCAGGUACAAGAUCACACCUUCAUGUGACAUCAACUUUGGCCCGCUGGUCUACGGCACCAAGAAAAGCCACAGUUUCACUAUUGAGAAUAAUGGAGUUUUUGAGACCCGUUUCAACAUCUGCUGCCUGAUCCCAGACAUUGCCCCACCAGGGAGGCCUGGAGGUUUAGCUCCAAGUAAGAAGAUACCUCCAGAGAACAAUUCAGCGAAACACACUGGUGCUGCCAGCAAAGUGAGAGGCGAGCCCCUCCCCAAAGACAUGUGCACAACACAGAAUCGCCACACCGUGGGGGUGUUCUCAGUGUCUCCUUGCACAGGGACCCUGCAUCCCGGGUCUCAGCAGGUGGUGACAGUGGACUGCGUAGCUGAACAGCUAGGCAGUUGGAGCCAGGGUUUGCUCAUUGACAUAAGUGACCGUGACCCCUCAGACCAUCCUGAGGGCAUACCGUACAGACUGCUGGCUGAAGUCUGCAAGCCAGGCAUAGCGUUAGACACGGCCUCCAUUUUUGAAGAGCACCACAUGUGUCACAACAGCAGUGAGCUCUCCUCUGAGCAAUUUUGCAAUGCUGAAGGCAUUUACGUCCUGGAAGAGAACAAAUUUAUUUUCAACAAAGUCCUGGUGGGGCGAACGGCUCAGGCUCGCUUCAAACUUACCAACAACAGCAAGGUGCCAUGCGUGGUCAACUUGGCCAUCAAAUAUGCUGGCGUGAAGGUGUCGCGCACCCUGGAUGUUUUCGAUUUGUCUGCUACAACAGUGUCUAUUCCCAGCAUGUCACACUCGUUCGCUGCGGUCACCUUCACGCCACAGACCAUGCAGCUCUACAGUGCUGUGUUUGAAGCCACAAUGGAGGGAACUAACAGAAUGACACCCACAUUCAAGAGCAGGGUGCUGGAGUUUGACCUCAUCGGCGAAGGCUCUCUGCCCAGUGUGUGUGUGUUGCGUCCAGCACUGAAAAACAGCGGAGGAAACCCGAUGCUACAGUUCAGGCGUGUAUUGGUAGGGCGGAGACAUACCCUGCGCUUGGUGCUGCUAAAUGAUGGAAAUGUUUCAGCACAGGUCCAGAUUGACAUGCUGGAUAAACAUGGAGUGUUUUCCCUCAAAGCUGCUCCUGGCAACACCAGUAGCUCCAUCCACUCCACACGACUUGAGGGCUCCACUGACUCCGAGCAUCAGGUGGUGCACAAGGCCACCCUGAGGCUAGAUGUUAACAAGGAAGUGGAGUUUGAGGUCAGCUUCUGCUCUGAUAAGCCCCUGAGUGUUAAGGCCAAGAUGACACUGCAGGCGGAGGGCAACCAGUACAGCAGCACCAUAAUACGAGUUACCGGAGAAGCUUACCAGGAAAUUGUCUCUCUGGACAACAUUAGCAGGUCACUGCGGGAAGCGGAUCAGGAAGAUGAUGAGAAAGGCAAUUAUGAAGUGCUGAAUUUUGGUGACUGCCAUGUAGACUGCCCGUACCAAGAGAGUUUCACUAUGAUCAACCACAGCAGCAGCCAGGUGGUGAGGUUUGAGUGGCCGCCAGCUGGGCACCACGUCUUCUUUUCACCCCAGGUAGGACACCUCCACGCUGGCUGCUCUAAGGAAGUGACUGUCAACUUCUGCUCCAGUCAGCCAGUGACUCUGACCAGCCAGCCAAUGAAAUGCAAGGUUUGUCAGAUUGAGUUCCAGCAGCCGCUGGAGCAGGUGGCUGACUGGGAUGACCGACAGAGGACAGUGCAGUGGUUGAGUUCCUCAAAGCAGGCUUCUGGAACACAACCUGUGAAAAAUAAGGUAAGUGUGAUAAAGACAGAUCCUGAGCCAUGCUGCUCUGUGGUUGAGGGCACACAGUGGGAGCUGGAAUUGCAUAUUAAUGCAGUUUGCAACUAUGUCAAGUUCAGCUGCAACACCGACGCCAUCCACUUCAAAGACACCUUGCUUUACCAAACCAGGCUACACCAACUGGAGAUAGUGAAUCAGGGCAAUGUGAAACUGGAAUUCUUCUGGCAAGUCCUCAUGGAUCCAAGCAGCAACAGUGUCAACCAAAACCAAGGAGAUCGGACCCCCAGCCCUCGGCCUGGCAGCAGGUCAGCAGGAGCGCUGACUGGAGCCCGUCCUGCCAGCGCUCUGGCCAGUGUGAUGUCUCUUCUGAUGGGGAACCCUGAGCUUCCACCCUUCAGUGUGGAGCCGAGCAUCGGGGCCGUUGAGCCUGGUGCUACGCAGAAUUUCAGUGUUUGCUUUUCACCUUUGGAGGUGUCCCAGUUCCAGGGCAAGCUGCUCUGCAGUGUCCCCAACUUGCAGGAGGGGGAUCAGGCUCCCUGUAUCUCACUGUGUGGCCGCAGCCUGUUGCCCCACUGCCACUUUGACCUUGAGGACUCAGACUACAUUAGUGGGGACCGCCGCAGUCCUGAGUUCAGGGAUACUCUGGACCCUAACACCAGGGUCAUAGAGUUCAACGCUAUGGGCUUUUCUGUACCAACAAAAAGAUGUUUUAGUGUGGUGAACCCAACCAGUAAGCCCUACUCAUUCAAGUGGCGGUGUGAGGACACAGAUGGCAGGCCGUUUCACUGCCUCACCCCGUCUGGAACCAUCCAGCCUGGGAAGAAAGUCGAAGUGUGUUUUGAAUAUGUAGCUGAGCAGGCGGAUGUGGUGGAGUCAUCCUGGAGCUUCUGGAUUGAGUCUCUGUCACUGUCUGUUCCCUUCCUGUGUUUGGGCACCGGUAGAGAACCGCUUGUCUAUUUUCACAAACCUCACCUUGAUUUUGGAGAACUGCUUGUUGGUCGUAAAGUGGAGCAGACAGUGGAUCUGGUUAAUGGAGAAGAGGAGCCCUUCCACUUCUCUGUUCUGCAGUCGUCUCUUCUCUGUGAAGACCAGCAGUCUAGCCUCAUUUUGCAGCCCAUGACUGGCACAGUGGCAUCCAAAGACAGGUUGUCAUUGUCAGUGUCCUUCACGCCUUGUCGUGAGGGCUACGUGAGCUUCAGAUUGCUUCUGAAGGUAAAGAAGAAGUCAGAGCCACUUGCACUCACCGUUAAGGCAGAUUGUUUCAACAUGAGCACUUCUGUUCAAGUUGAAAGUCAGAACGGAGGCCUCAGAGAGAUUCCCCCUGACCUUCUAGAUACUUUGGACUUCGGAAAGGUGGGCGUAUCGGAGCAAGUCACCUUUAACAUCCUGGUGUCUAACCAGGCGAAAUUCAGCCUGGAGGUGAACUUUGACCUAGCAGGUCCCAGUGAGCUGCUGCAACAUUUAGAGGCUAAACCACAACAUACUAGUAUUGAGAUUGGGAAGCAACUGCAAUCGACGCUCUUCUUUUGUCCCCGGAACAUUUGCAACCUCCAGGACGUCAAACUGAGUAUCAAGGUAAAACAUGGGCCAACAUUUAACUUUGAUAUUAAAGGCAGGGCUGUGGCACCCAGCCUUGAAUUCUCCUUCACCAAGUACAACUUUGGCAAGUGCUUCCUGUACUGUUCUGGCAUGGUGCCGGCCUCUCAGACUCUAGUGAUCAGCAACAAGGGCAAAAGGGACAUCAGUGUCCAGUGCCAGUUCAAGAACAGCUCUUACCUGGAGAUCGACUUCCGACCAGAUAUUUUGUCCUCUGGUGCUGCGUUGGAAGUACCAGUCACCUUCUAUCCUCGUGACCCAUGCCGUUAUCAUGAAAAGCUGAACUUCGUCUUCAACAGUGGAGUUACAAAGCAGGUGGACAUACUGGGGCAAGGCAUCGAGAUGAAGCUGGAAGUAGAAGAUCCCAGGCAGCGGAGGGUUAAACUUGGAUCCCUGUUGGUGGGUCAGAAGGUGAAAAAGCAGGUGGUUCUGGUCAAUCGCAGCCCUUUAGACCUUUCCUUCACCCUGCAGCUCAACACAAACACACUGCUGGACCCUGUGGACCUGUCCUUCAGUCCAGCGGGUGAGCUGAACCUGAAAGCUGGUGGCGGCUCGUGUACUGUCGAGAUCAAGUUCUCACCCCGUCAGCACAUAUCUCCCUUCAAGGCUGAGCUGCAGGCGGAGUGUGCAGGCCUUUUACACCCCCUGCUGACCAUCCAAGGCUGCUGUCAGGGUGUGGUGGUCCAUCUGGAUCAGGAUCACCUGGCCUUUGGAGCUGUAGUCCAGCGCUGCCAGGCCAAGAAGAGGAUUGUCAUGACGAACACUGGAGACAUCGGUGCCAGGUUCCACUGGAAAACGAAGAAUUUUCCUCCACAGUUGUCCAUUGCACCAGCUAAAGGCUACAUCUGUCCAGGCAUGGAGGUUCCUUUUGAAGUGACUUUUGCUCCUGUGGAACUGAAUAACGACACGAGAUAUGAAAACCUGACCUGCUGUGUCGACGGUUCCUCCUCACCCAUUACUCUCACUGUAACAGGCUCCUGCAUUGUGGCCCCCAAUAGCAAAGAGGUGGUGAGUUUUGUUUGCCCAGUACGUGGCUCUCACACCCAGACACUCCCUGUGUUAAACCCAACGAACCAGCAGUGCAGCAUCCGGCCUGUGGUUGAGGGCGAGCAGUGGAGAGCUGCACCCUCCGUGAUCCUUGAACCUCACCAACACAAGACAUAUGAGAUCACCUACCGACCGCUGACCAUGACUGCUGAUGGAAAAAAACACCUGGGAUCAGUAUUUUUCUCCUUCCCCGAUGGGACAGGCGUGCUAUACUCCCUGCAGGGAACUGCUGAGCCUCCCAAGGCAGAGGACACCAUUGUGCAAGAGCUGCCUGCCAAGACUCACCACACAGAGAUGCUGCCUGUGCACAACGUGCUCUCCAAGCAACAGCGGUUCCAUGUGAUGAAAGAAAUCCUGAAGCCUGACAAGCCAGAUGCUACAGUGUCCCUUAAGGGUUUAGAGUACAUUGAUGUCCCCGCUUUGGGCAAGAGAGACUACAAGUUGUCUUUUUUCACAUACAAAGAGGGCCAGCACAUCAACAAGGUGACAUUUCGUAACGAGGUGUCCGGCGAGUACUUGUUCUAUCUCGUCACCUUCAAGGCCACAUCUCCAAAAGCCCAGUCCACCGUAGAGCUGGAGACUGCCGUCCGCCGGAGGGCCUCAGCCACUGUGUAUGUGGAGAAUCCUCUGAUCACAGCAACCUGUCUCACCACUGAGUGUAAAUACCCUGACAUCAGCGCCCCGCCUCAGCACACCUUGCCAGGACAAUCCAAGGGUGCUGUGAGCUUCGAGUACCAGCCCCUGCGCACAGGCGAGUUUACAGCCCGGCUAACUCUGUGUAGUACUGAGCUGGGUUACUUCCACUACGAUCUGCUUCUCAGAGCUCUGCCACCGCCUCCGGAGAAAACCGUCCACUUCAACACUUGUCUUGGCAGCAGCCACGCCGUCCCCGUGAAGUUCAUCAACUACGCCCGCUUCAAAACCGAGUAUUCUUGCAAGGUCGAUUGUCCGGACUUUGCACUGGACAAGAGUAUCACUGCUUCGCCAGGUUUCCAGGCAGGCUCGCAGGUCAGCGUGGAGGUUUGUUUCGAGCCUCAUCAGCUGGGGGAGGUGAGAGGCCAGCUCAGCCUGUCCUCAGGAAUUGGCGGCGAAUACAUCUUUCCAUUACACGGGAUCUGCCUCCCUCCCAAAGCUCAGGGCCCAUUCAGCAUCAGGGCUGGUCGCAAUGUCACGAUCCCCUUCAAGAACGUGUUCCUGCAGACCACCGCUUUCUCUUUUCAGGUGGACAACCCAUCUUUCACUGUCAAAGGAGUGGACAGCAUCCUCUCUAAAAAGACCUACAACAUCCUGGUGUCCUUUGAGGCCCCUACUGGAGGCUUUCCAGGGCCCUGGUUUGGCAAGCUGACCAUCUCCAGCCAACGCUCAGAGUCCCAUAGCAUGCCCUGCUCUUGGGUUUAUUACCUGAGGGGUUACUGCCCUGAAUCAUCUUAG